CGAUUAAUGUUUAUUGAUUUAUUAACAGAUGACUCAGGAGUAUCUAGGGUUCAAGGGCUGAACUCGGGACCUCCACCUGUGAGCCCAACUAAGAGAAAACACCACGAAGACAGUGAUUAUGAUGAUGAACAAAUGAACAAAAUGAGUCGAUUACUGGCAUCCCAACUGGGAGGUCCUAAUGCAAAUACUGGAAAUCAGGAUUCAUGGAAUUACAGUUCCUUUCAACACCUUCAAAACCACCAUGUGUUCACACCUUUUCCCAUUUUUGCGAUGGAUCAACCUCUUGCAUUGACAAAGCACACCUCAAAUUCUGCUAGGAGCACACCUUUGUUACCUGGACCCAACAUGGAGCGACAGCAGAAAAAAAAUCUGCACUUGUCAUGUCAGAAUCGUCCAUCUGUGAUCACCUGCGGCCCUGCGAGCAAGCGCUCAUGCAGUCUGUCUGGCUGUCACAUGUCUCAUCACAGCUGCACCUCUGCAUCUGCCAACAAGAGCAACGCAAACACCAUGUGCGAUCCUGUGAUAGAGGAACACUUCCGCCGCAGUCUAGGGAACAUCUACACAGAACCCGCCUCUAAGUUAGUGUGCAUCACAGGCUCAGUUGAUGACCACUUCACUAAAGCGCUGGGAGACACCUGGUUACAGAUCAAAGCCAGGAGCUGUGGCCCAACAGCCUCCGAGCCGAAAUCAUCAUGAGUCAUCUGACCACAGUCCUGUGUAAGAAUAUCACUUGUAAAUGGUUUAUCCGUUUGUUUAGUGUGACAUCAUGCAUCACCGCUUCCAGGUCCAAACGCUCUAUCAGUUGCCAUAGACAAAAUAUGCUAAGAUAUACUAAUGGGCUUGCUGUAAAACUAUCAAACAACCUCGAUCCUAACCUUUAUCUCCAUAACGAAAUCCCAGAUGGCCAGACAGUGAUUCAUUUUUCUUCAUUCUUAAAGAGUAAAUAUUGCAAUGUCCUUAAAAUUACAUUUCAUGCCGUGUUUAAUGUUGCUGUGUGUGAAUGUAACGAAUAACAAAGUUAUUGGCUUGGGGGAAAAAGGAGUCGACUCCGAAUGACGAGAACGAGUGGUCUGUCAUUCUAAUUUCAGUUCCGGGUCAGAUUUUCGUGCCCGCCUACGUUCCAUUUACGACACUGCAUGCGGUAGACCAAUCACAGCCGACUAGACCAUCUGACCAAUCAGAUCAGAGUAGGCAGACAGAAAGGAGGGGAUUAGACAGAUGAAUGGCCGAAUGAAUGAUUUGAGAGUCAGUCAAGAAGUAUAAUAAUAAUAAUAAUAUCCGCCUAUUAUUAGGAAAUGGAAGUGUUUUUACACCGUGUAUGUACGUAAACUUGUUGGACACUCCAUAAACCAAAGUAGGACCUUAAAAAUCACAAAUUAUUUACUCUUUAAUUAUAAUAAUAUUGAUAUCAGAGAUUCCGUGAGCCUGUAGACUAUAGUGAACACAUGAAUUGAUAACAGUUUCGCUUAAAUAUGUUAUAUGAAUAAAUAGUGUUCAUAAAUGGCUGUCUAAAUGGAACACUCACUUGAAACAAGUGGAUGCUUGGGAACGGUAUUCCUUAGCGAUAUGACCUAACAAGUGGAUAGGCACCUUACAGACAAACAAAGUAGAUAUGAUGGUCAACCAAAGGACUCUUUAAAACUGUUCAAGAAGACCCAUGAGUGUUUCAUAGGUUUCAUAUGCAAAAAAUAAUAUCUUCUUUCAGCCGCAACAUUUGACCUGCAAAAAACGGUAAAAAGUCUGGCAGCAGAUUUUCCAGACAUUUUCUGUAAAAUUACGGGAAAAAACUGUUUCACAAAAUGACAUGAAAUAAACUGUAAAAAUACAGAGCCAAUUUUACAGUCAAAAUUGGUUAAAUUACAGUAUAGCACUGUUGAUAAUUGCUCAUUAUAACUGUGUAAAAACAGAUAAAUUAUAUCAAAAUACAUUAAAAAGCAACUUCUUUUCUGGGUAACCUCUGUAAAUUUAGGAAUUUUUAAGUAAUUUUAUUAAGCUUCUCUGUCAAUCUACGAAGGAAUUUACGUUUAAAAAACAUUUUAAAUGUAUAAUAACUAAGAAACUACUAAUAAAAACCAAAUGUCUGUACAUCUACCAGUUAAUUAAAGAUAUAUAUGAUUAAAAUACACCAAAAGUAGCUACAUUUAAAACCUACA